AAAUUUCCAGUUGCUAACCUCUUAAGUAUUCCCGCCAAUCUUCAUGACCAACAAGACUUUGAGGAUGGUCAGUAUAUCGAAGCGUAUGGCAAAGCUGAAAGGCAAGCUUCUGGCCAUACGAAUCGGCAAUGGCGCAGCAAUCAUACCACCCGAACUACAAAUGGUAUAUCUGAGAUUUAGUUACUCAGGCCAACAGGGCCACAUCGGCGCCAAGAAGUUUUGGAAAGUCAUCCUCCCACGCAUUAAAUACCGCAAUCCCGCUAUUCCCAUUCGCAUCUCCAAAACCGUCGAUCCAAAUACAUCCCCCAUCCUCGAGCUUGUCUUCAAUAAGCCGCCCAAGAAUCUACCAAUAGACUUCACGUAUAUUGGCAGUCAGGCAGCAGAUCAUGUGCGUGUGCAAAUGGACAUCAAGGGGAUGCAUGAAGAUAAAAUCUGGGAGAAGCUGAGAGAGGCGACAGAUGCGGUGGAGGUAGAGCCGUUAGAGCAUGAAUUAGAGGCAGCUGAGGAACCGGAGGUAAAACGAAUGCAAAGUCAAUGGCAGAAAGAGAAGGCCCGGGAAUUUAUUCAUAAUAGAGACGAGUAUAUUGGGGGGGAUAUAGGCGAGGAGUACAAGCUUACCCCGAACUUUGAGGAAAAUUCCCAGCCGUUAAAGAGUAUGUGAUGUAUGUGAUAGGAAGAAUGUAAUAUAAUUGUAUCAUCAUCAU